UUGAAUGAAAAUCAUAAAAAUGUAUGUAAACUUGUGAACGUUGUUCAGAAAUUCAAUAGAUUCAAGAUCAUCCGUACUGUGAAUUUAAUUAUUCCUUUUUUAGGCCACGAUUUUAAAUAGAAAAUACGUAUUCUUCAACAAUUCAGUGUGAUUUAUUAGUAGUUUUCAAUCCAAAGAAGUGAAGUAUCAUUGCAUUGUAGGAGGUCACAUAACCUUCACGCUGUUUAUUUACAACCUUAUAACUCGUGUGAAGUUUAUUAUUAUGCUUUAAUUGAUGGGAAAUGAAGGAAAGUGAAAUGAAUUUAAGCUUCUCUAAAAUAUUCCAGCAUGCUGGGCCCAACUUCUCCAAGUGCCAAUUCUGGGGAAUGUUUGUUCUGUCUGUAGUUAUAUUUUUCAUAAUUUUUUCUGUGUAUGGGGGUCUUCUGGCGUUUUUCAUGCUUUGCAUUGUUGUUUUGGCAAUUCUGUACAGAGCUCAGGACCACCUUCUCUACCACCCUGAAGACUCGUUUCAUUCGCGAACGUUUGUGCAAAUUCCGCAUGUGGUCGGUUUGCCCUACGAGAGUAUUCACAUGCGAAGCAUCGAUGGCACUCUCAUUCAUCUGUACUUCAUACGACAGCGCGAGGAACAGGCUGCUACCGCUCCGACGAUUGUCUUCCUUCACGGCAAUGCUGGGAACAUGGGACAUAGAUUGCAGAACGCGGCAGCUCUGUUCAGACAGCUGCACUGCAAUAUUCUGAUGGUGGAGUACAGGGGAUACGGCCUGUCACAAGGAAGGCCAUCCGAGCACGGCCUUAGCAUGGACGCGCGCACGGCCAUCGACUACCUCACAUCAAGGCCUGACGUCAACCACCGACAGAUCAUUGUCUUCGGCCGCUCGCUCGGGGGUGCAGUAGCCAUAGACUUGGUGGCGAGGGCAGAAUACGCAGCCAAAGUGUGGUGCGUCAUUCUCGAGAAUACAUUCACCAGCAUACCAGAAAUGGCACAAGCUCUCUUUCAAUGGCAGUUUCUCAAGUCUGUGCCGCUCUAUUUUUAUAAGAAUAAGUACUUGUCGCGGCACAAAGUGUCGCAGAUCAGCAUUCCGGCGCUGUUCAUCUCCGGGCUGCUGGACUCGCUGGUGCCACCUGCCAUGAUGACCGAGCUGCACGCGCGCUGCACGUCCAGUCCACUGCGCCAGCUGGUGCACGUGGCGGCCGGCACGCACAACGACACCUGGACGUGUCCCGGCUACUACCAGAGCAUCGCCACCUUCCUGGCAGCCGCCACGCCCUACCAGCCUGAGCCGCCCGUCCUCACCACGUCGUCUCCCGUCAAAAAUGUUUGAUGAUCGAUACUCGCUAGUCGAUAUGGUUGAUGGGUUGGUUUCGAUAUUUUCUUGUCAAUAAUUGGAUCGAUGUAUGGUAAACGAUAGAUCGAUGUUGGGAUAAUUGAUAUUUUUAAGGAUCGAUGCUUGGAAAACAACAUUUUUUGGUAAUGAUGUUUGAAAAUCGAUAUAUCUUGUCAUCAAUGUUUGCAAAUCGAUAUUUUAUUAUAAUCAAUUUAAUCGAUUUUUUAAGAUCGAUAUUUGCAAAUUGAUAUUUUCUUGUCAACGAUGUAUUCCAUGUUUGAAAAUCUAUAUUUUCUUGUCCAGUUUGGUGUGUGGGGUCGAUAAAAAUCAUCUAUGAUCAUUUCAUAACAUCUAAAUCACAUUCAUGCAUUGAAACUAGGGAUGGUUAUCGAUGAAUAAAACACACCUUUGAACAAGAUACCGGUUUCGGUUGUAUCUCUAGUCUCUAAACUCUGUGAGUGUACCAAAGUUUGAUAAUGGUGUAACAACCGAAACCGGUAUCUUGUUUUUUAAUAAAUCUGUGAUAAGACAACAUCUUUUUAUUCAGUAAGGAUAACUACUACAAUAUCACAUUCAAACCUACCCAGAAAGUAUUUGAACAUCCAUGUUUUUUUCUCAGAAAAUUCACUUAUUCGUUAUUAUAAAAAUCAUUUUGUAAUUUGAAUUAUAAAGCUGGUGAGACUGGGAACAGCCUUAGCCCUAAUUUGCUCUACUCCCAAAUACGAUAGUUACAUUUUUCUUAAAAGGAAGGUUACAUUUCACUUUCAAUAAUUUAAACAUCGUACCUUUAAAAUGGUGUCUCUUAUAACUUGAUUUGGAUAUUUGACCAAUUGGUGUUCAAUCAAUGAAUAUUAAUGAUUCGUUUCUAUGGGAAAACAUUGAUGAUUAAAACGUAGAUUUUUUCAUUCUGCUAUAAUAAUAUCGAGUGACCUGGCUGGCUCAGGUCUGGUGUCA